AUGGCCGGGGAGCGGCUGCUCCUGCUGGCCGCGACGCUCGCCCUCCUGCCAGCAGCCCCGAGCGCCUCGGCGGAGGAGCCGUCCCCCGCCAUGCAGGCAUUGCAACAUACUUUCGAGAAUGUUAAACACAUAAAGAUCAGUGUGCAUCCAACCUCAUCUAUCCAGGUUUCAAGCUCAGGAACAGACAAUUUAACAAUCUAUGAAUCUCAUACAAAACCUUUUGGGUCUGAAGAAAAGAAAGAAGAGAAAACCCUGAGGAACCUUGUGGAGAUUCUGCAGGACAUGAUACAAGAUGUUCCUACACAGCACACACCAACUGAGCAAACGAUCAUUACACCCAAAAUAGUGAAAUCAUAUGUUAAUGGAAAUAUUGACUACCUUUGGUUAAAUGUGGGCCAAAAACAUGGUGGAAAGCUACAGAAGUCAAAGAAAAAGGCUGCUGUUACAAGACAAUUUACCACAUCUACAACAACCCCAUUUUGGAGACUGCGAACUGGCACGGAAUUUUCUGUUGUUUUACACACUAAUGAGUCUUCUAGUUCAACCACACCACUGAAAAAAAUAUUUAUUACAUUUGAAAAUGCUGUUUCGAAAAGAAAAAGUAAGACUUUUGAUCAGUUAACAAAUGGAUCCCUGGAAAAUCUAGUUCAGUCUUUAAAGAAUGUAAAAAAACUCAAAGAAACAGAAAACGUCACCAAAAAAGCAGAAAAACUGAAACACGUUGCAAAGGUGAAAAAGCUACAUGUAUAUGAUAAGGUGAAACAUCGACCUGCAGGUGAAGCAAUCUUGGAGAAGAUUGAAAAGCUUAAAAAAUUGUUACAGAAGCCACCAGAUUAUGUUAAACAAAAUCCACAUCUCCAAGAGUAUGUUGAAUCAUCUGAAAAUUAUAUAACGAAAUCUCUUAUGCUGGAAAAAGAAGCAGAGGCUUCACUAGGUCUGCUGUAUCACCAACCUAAGCCUUCACCUCUGAAAAAAAAGGUAGAACAGAACACAGAAGAAGUAGAACAGGACACAGCAGAUAUCAGAAAGUUAAGAGCAUUUAUUAACCUGCUGUAUGAUUUUAGUCCUCAGCUAACUACAUAUAUUGAUAGUUCUGACAAGAAAUAUGUCCCAGAGGAUAUUAGUGUAAAAGCUAUUGCUGUUCUUGAUGCUAUGAAACAUGUUUUCUGUGGAAGUCAGGCAGAGCAAAACAAAAAGGUGUUGAAGAAGUUGCUAGAGGAUGAUAUAAAGCUUUUAAACAUAGUUCUUAAGAACCACGAAUAGACUCUUAAAAAUAGUUAUUUAUUGGUGCCUUCAUUGCAUUAACUUUAAUUUUAAAGAUCGGUUUUCUAGUUUGUCAUUGUCAUCUAGACCUCAUCUCUGUUGUAACAAUAUUCAUCUCAGUAAUUAAACACCAUUUUAAAAAAAUGUUCAUUUUCAGUGUUUACCAUGAUGGGUUGUUGACCUUGGAUAAGUUUAUUCUGUUGUUAAAUUUGUGUUAGCAUCUGAAUGAAUUAUGCUUAGAUAUAUUGUUAGUUUAAAAUUUUACAGUUUCAUUUUGUAAGGGUUGUUGUGCAAUGCUGUUGUAAUACAUACCACUUAGUGUAGAGGGCUGAAGUAAAGUUUUUAGUCUUUUAAUGUUUAUUUGUUAAAAUUAAAUAACACCAAAUAGAUCUACACUCUUGGGCUAGUGACUCUCAACGAUAGGAAUGCAAAGGAGGUUAGUCUGGUACAGGAUAGUGGUUCCUGUAGCUACCAAAUAAACGUCAAGGAGCAACCCUUGGCUCCCUAUUCUUGUUCACAAGUAGAGAAGGCCCUAACUGCAGUCAAACUACCAUGGUUCUGAUACAUGGGGAAGGAAGUGGGCUGCAAAGGGGGCUUCUUGGAGCACUCCAUAAGAACUUAAGAACAGCCAUACUGGGUCAGACCAAAGGUCCAUCUAGCCCAGUGUCUUGUCUUCCGAGAGUGGCCA